AUGACUGUAUCACCUCCUGCUCCAUUCGUACGACCCCUCCUGACGAUCGAGCCUGGCUUUGUGGCAACGCGGCGAACUGAACCCGCACAAGGAAUCACGACGCUGUACCAGCUGCUGCAGGCUUCCGCAAAGAACAACCCUCAACACAUUUACGCCAUUCAAUUCUCCCACAACAAUAAACUUCAAGAUGCAGUACAAAUCACGCAUUCAGACCUGCUUUGCGCAGUCGACACCUGUGCCGAGUGGUUGGUGACUAGGCAGAUAGCCCAGCGUUCACGAAUGAGAUCCGACGACCCACAUCAGGUGCAGCGCGGUAGGCCCGUUGCCAUAUUCCUCGGUAGCGAUCUCAACAUCAUGGUGUACAUACUCGCUCUCGUCAAACUCGGAAAUCCAUUUCUCCUCCUGUCAGCAAGGCUUUCCGGAGAGGCCGUCGAGCAUCUGCUCAAGGGAGCUGAUGCUGGCUUUGUAUUGACUGCCGAGCAAGUGUGGGCUAAUGCGGGCCUUUCUGCGAGCCAUGGUAGCCUUAUCAGCGAUCUGGACACUCUUACGCAUCCUCAUUCGAAAGACACGCGCUGCCUUCCGAUACCGGCGCCUUCGCUCAUAUCGUGGCUUGAUAGAGAGAAGUGGGCAAUGCCAACGAGGCCUAGUCAAGACUCUCUGGAAGGAGAGGAGGUUGAUCCAAACGACUGUAGCGUUGUCCUCUUUCAUUCAACCGGCUCCACCGGCUUGCCCAAGCUGAUUCCACACUGCCACAGAUAUCUGCUUGGAUACGCGAGCUGCCACGAGCUUUCAUCCAACCUGGGUGUCGAGCGCGACGUGACCCUGUCGACCCUGCCUCUCUACCAUGGCUUUGGUCUGCUUGCCGUCUGCCUAUCGCUCUCGAUCGGAAUGCCGAUUGCCCUUCCGGCCGCAACUACGAUCCCAAGCGGAGUUUCAGUGGCUCAAAUGCUGGCUGAAUGCCGUGCUGCGAGGCUUUUCACUGUGCCAUCCAUCCUGGGUGAAGUACGUGGUCUUGAGUGGCCCGCGGAUGAUCCUCACUUGUCAAUCGCACCUGACAACGAGCCCGGCAAGUCGAGCGGACUGAAGCUGCUUCAAGGCCUCAAGCUCGUCGUUGUGGGAGGUGCGCCCAUGCGAACUGAGCUGACAGAAUUCCUUGUCGAGCACGGUGUUGAGCUCUUGAACCACUUUGGCGUCACCGAGAUCGGAGCGCUCGCCCCCAUCGUUCACCCGGGACCUGAGCUUAAAUACGACCCCAAGUACCUUCUUAUCCGUCGUGACAUUCCUCUACGCUUUCGACGAGAGCGGAUCCAGAAUUCGUCGGACGAGAGCCACCUGCAGAUCGGGACUCGGCCGUUUGGAUGGACGAAGGAUUUCUGGCUCCAGGAUUCGCUGGAAUACAAUCCCAACGCUGGAGGUAAUCGGGCGCAAGUACGCAUCGAGGGCCGUAUCGACGACAUUAUCGUUCUAGCUACUGGCGAAAAGGUGAACCCUAUGGGAAUCGAGUCUGCCAUCCGACAGCAUCCUGCUGUCAGCGAUGUGGUCGCCUUUGGCACCAACCGCUUCCAGAUCGGUCUUUUGGUGGAGAUGCGUUUUGAGCAAGUCACGCCGCCUUCGAGUGAUUCUCCGGAUCCAGAGUCUCGGAAAUGCUCUGCGGAGAUCCUAGACAUCCUACAAAAUGCUAACAGCGCUGCUGACGCCCACGCACAGGUCGAUCCGGGCUUGGUACUAUUCACUGACCCUGUGGCGAAAGCGUUGCCACGUACGUUCAAGGGCAACGCCCAACGCGCGAGAUGUGAAGCAGAAUUUGCGCUCGAGAUUGAAAAGGCAUAUGACAGCCUACAGUCAGUCACGGUACAAAGGUCAGCAAAUUCACAGGAAGGGACGCACUUCGAAGUCUCCAAGGGAGAAGAGCAUCUACGCAAACAGAUCGCCGAAUUCGUGCAGGAGCAACUGCCUUCGUGUCGCACUAUGGGCUACUCGGACUUGCUCGAACGUGACUUCUUCGAGCUCGGUAUGGACUCAUACAGGGCAGUCAAGCUCGAGCGAAGGCUGAAGCAGUCAUUCCCUACGACAGGCGCUUCUUUGAUCAUGCCAAGCGGCAUCGUCUACCGCUUUCCUACCGUAGCAAAGUUGGCAGAAGCGGUGUUAUCCUACAAGCGACAGUCAGGACUAGAGACAAAUGGUGUCAUCCAGCUAGCGCAAUGCCAGGAGCAAAGGCUCAAUGGCAGCAUAGAUCAAGCUUGGAGAGCAUUUGAAGAAGAGAAGAUCCACUUGGAAGAAGUCUCUGCUAUGUCUUACGAUAGUCCUUGGAAGCUUGAUGACAACUCUUGUGGUCGUAUCCUCGUUCUCACUGGCUCGACCGGAUCACUUGGACGACACUUGCUUAAGACAUAUCUGCGAGAGCAGCCCAGCCUGGCUCAAGCGUUUUCUAAGAUAGUCUGUCUUGUCCGACCUAAGUCAGGCGGAAUGGAGAAAGAACAUCUUAUCGACUGCCUCCGACUUGCAGGAGUAGUUUGGAUGCCUGAAGACGAACGCAAGGUCACGAUAUGGCCAUGCGAGCUAUCCAGACCAAGACUGGGCCUCACAGCUGCAAGGUACGCUGCUCUCACCCGCAAUGCGCUCACGAUCCUUCACUGUGCUUGGCCCAUGGACUUUCUCCGUCCAUUGGAGUCUUUGCAGCCGCACGUCAGCGCUCUGGGCCGACUAGCCUCUCUUGGCCAGUUUGCUGGAGCGAGCUCUCAAGGGCAGCGAUCAAGCCUCCUAUUUGCUUCAUCCAUCUCUGUCGUCGCACACUGGAAGGCACGGGAUCAAAAGACGCUUGGCACCGUCGUUCCAGAAGAACGGAUGGCAGAUUUGUCUUCGACAGCUUGUCUGGGAUAUGCUCAUGCAAAGCUUGCUUGCGAGCAUCUACUCGAGAAGCUCGAUGCACACCUGAAAGCGUCAGGAUCCAGCUGCCUAGACAGUGUUGUCGUCCGUAUCGGUCAGCUCAGCGGACCCGAGUGUACAGGCGAGUGGACCACGGCCGAACACAUGGCGAUGAUAGCACAGUCGUCCAACACGAUUCGAGCGCUUCCAAGGCUCACAGGGGAAGCGUCAUGGAUACCAGUUGAUCGAGCAGCAAAGGCCAUGGUCGAGCUAGCCAACGUCAGUCAUGGCAGUCGCGAAUCCACCAAUGCAACAUCGACACCAACUCGACGAUCGUGGGCUGACAUUCUCAAGAUUUUUGCUCGGAAUAUGAACCUCAGCAGCGCCGACACACUCGAGUGGGAAGCAUGGCUCGCCUCAGUUCAAAAGCUCGGCAAUCAGAUCGACGACAGUGUUCCGCAGACGCCAGUAGACGCAAAUCCGUGCAUCAAGAUCCUUGAUUUCUUGCAACAAGACUUCUUGCGGCUAGGUACUGGCGGGGUGGUGCUCGAUCUGGCCAAAGCCAGGUCCUAUUCACGCACUCUCAGGAGCUCCCAAGCAAUCAGCGAUGAGCUCAUCCAGCUCUAUCUCGAUGGUUGGAAAGGACAGGGCUGGCUUCGAUCUCCGAUGCGCCGGACUAGCGCCUGA